AUGGCCAGCUCAGCGCCGGCCCCUGAACAAGUGCCUGCGACUAAUUGCACCUCUGACACCGAACUGGACAUUGCCAAACUGCAUGCGCUUCCAACCGAACAGCAAGACCUAUUUUUGCUGACCUUCGUCUCCGACUUGCAACACCAUGUCGAAAGCCUCUCUGCCGAAGCCCUGCCUGUGCACCAGGCCUCGAUCAAGAAGGAGGUCAUCAAGAUUGUCGGGCUCGGAGCACCGACACCAUCGCGCGUUGUCCGCAACACCCUUGGCAGAAUCCUGGCAGAUGCCUUUGGACGAGGCAGUCGGAGCCUGCUUUACGAGACUAUAAACGAUCUCGUGUCUAUAUUGAAUACGGGAAAAAACGACAAAGAGGUGGGCGCAAGACACGCGGCUGUGGUGUGCUUGGGUGCUUUAUUCCGCUCGGCCGGCGACAGUGCAAUCAGUUUAUCUGGUCUCGUUGUUGCGAGCCUGCUUAAACUUUUGAAGUCGUCACACACCGGGACCCGUGGCUGUGUGUUCAGAGCGCUUGAUGCUUUGGUGAUCGGGAUUCAAACCAGCCUGGACGAAAGUGUGGCUCGAGACAUCUGGAAACAAGCCCGGGGUGCUGCGGCGAGCGAAAAGUCUUCAUUUGUGCAAAGAUGCGCAUGCUCAUGUAUACGCAGUCUAGUCACCGAGACAACUUAUUUCAACAACUCGGCCGACUUUGACAGCCUCAAGAACAGUAUGUGGAGGGCCAUCGACAGCUCGACAUCGUCUGUCAGGCAUUCCGCCGCUGCAGCCAUGGCUAGCGCUCUGGGACAGGCAUUUUCAGACACUGGACACAUAGAAGUCCCCGUCAUACGAAAGCCCAGGAAGUCUAAGAAGCCUGGUGCAGAUCUGGACGAGGAAGGAGAGCAAGACGGUGCAGCUUCUCCAGCUCCCAGCCAGGGCAAAGCAUCUGUCCAAUUAACCAUGUCCCUGAACGAAGUCCUCCGAGUAUUGUCGCAGCAAUACUGCAAAGCUUCAACCAGCAAUCGAGCACGUGCAGGCAUAGCCAUGUGCUACAAAUACCUACUUCGCCUCCUCCCGCCCAAGACGUUGGAAGAGAGGUAUGCAACCGUCGCCGCACAUACGUAUGACGACCUGCUCAACAAUCCGACUGUAUCGGCCAACCGUUACCGGCUGCUACUCACCAGAAAGAUUGUCCAGUGGAUCCUUAACGAUGUUACGGGCCUCCUUACGGAAAAUGCUCAGAUAAACGCGGCCCGAUAUAUAAUCAAUGAUGUUCUGAAGAACUAUCCUCAGGUGAUCCCGGAGAGAAAGGAGCCUUCAAAACGGAUAUUGACAGGGGCACUAUCGACCUUGACCGAGUUACUCUCAAGGCUUGGUCCUGCAUCCAAUGUUCUUCAAGACUCAUGUCGAGAAGCACUCUUCCAAGUUGUGCAGCAUCCUAGCCACACUGUCCAGAGCCAUGCCGUGCAAAGCUUGAAGGCUUUCGUACUCGCAUGCCCAAGCCAGCUAAAUCGCAGCAUAGAACAUGCCAUGUCACAACUGCAGAAAGAGUUCCAACCGUCAAGCGAGCCCAAAUACCCUCAUCGAAAGUCGCUAGGUUAUGCUUCGACCAUCGCUGUCAUGAUCAGUUGUGUUCGUCAGAAACCGCUGUACGGCUCGAUUCAGAUCUAUUCCAAUGUGUUCACCUUUGCGACAGAGCUCCUCAAGUCAAGCGCUGCUGCGGAAUUGCGGGUGUCGGCUAUGCAGGUCCAGGUGGCCUGGACUCUUAUCAGCGGAAUCACUGGUCUUGGACCAAGUUUUGUCAAGGUGCACUUGAAUCAGUUGAUGCUCCUGUGGAGGAAUGCCCUGCCUCCUCCGCUGACACACGAGAACGCUGCCAAAAGAGGACAUCUGGAACUAAGCUUCCUGUCACAUGUUCGAGAGUGUGCAUUGAGCGCUCUCUUGCUGUUUCUCUCGUCUUGUAGCACUUUGGUAACGACGGAUGGUUCAAAGCGCAUUUCAACGAUGCUGCACAACACGAUCCUCUUUUUGGAAAGCCUCCCGCCUACGAGAGAAGCAGACGAUAUCGCUCACCGCUUGGUACCGGCGCUGCAGCUACAAGAUCUUACGAUUCUUCUGCGCCGACGAGUCCUCCAAUGUUUCACCGCACUGGCAAGUCUCAAGCAUCUGGAUCAAAGCGAGGUGGUAUCGCACUCGGAUCUUAUCGGUCUCACUACAAGAACCUUCACUGAUCCCGAGCGUCCCAUUAUGAAGAACUUAGAAACGUCCUUGACAAAUGCUGCCAGCAACUUUGAAGGCCUUUGGACGACGAGCGACAACUGGGGCUUUGGGGUCUGCAGUGUAAGUGAUAGCUUCGACACAUAUUUGCCAUUCGAGAACCAUGUGCAGCUGGGUCAAAGAACUUCGCCGGAGCAGGAGGUCUCCUUCCCUGAUCUUUCCAUCCAGUCUCCAUCGCUGGCAGCGAUAGAGCACGAUCCGGUGCUGGUCAUUAGGCAUGGUUCAGAUCCGCAGGAAGCGGAGCUAAGCUCUCCUGCAACCUCAUGCGUAAAUCUGGCGAUCAAAUUGUUCGCCAUAUCUCUCCCAUUGCAGUCUCCCCGGGUCCAACAGAGUACGGUAGAGCAGCUCAUUACAGCCAUAUCGCAGCCUCUUCAGCGUGAACCGGGCAAAAGGGCAGCGAUGCAGAUCAACUCAGCUCUGGCCUUCCUCUGUGCUUUGGCUGUGGCGAACAAGGAGACACCGUACCUGGCCGGUAAAUUGAACGUGGACGCGAUCGGACCAGUCAUCGCUGAGCUUCUGGGCAGAUACGUCUGCAAUGGUGAUCAGAAUCUGCGCCAUCUAGCUGCGCGAGCUAUAGGCCGACUGUGCAAUCUGGCCGGAACACAAUUCACCAACAAGGAAGUCAAGGAUCUCAUUGAUGUGAUUGUGGCUAAUCGUGACCCCAGUGCACGCGCUGGGUGCGCACUUGCACUAGGCUAUAUUCACGCAGAGGUUGGCGCCAUGGCUGCCGGACUGCAUAUGAAGUCUAUUGUUGGAGUGUUGCUCUCCUUGUGCAGUGAUAAUCACACCACAGUACAUUACUGGGCACUCAGAGGCUUGGUUCUGGUUGCCGAUUCAGCAGGAUUGGCAUUUUCGACAUACGCCACAAGUACGCUAGGCUUGUUGGCUCAGCUGUACUCCAACGACACUCACAAUGAGGAAUCUGCGUCUCUAGCAGCUUCGAAUCUUGAACUGGAGCUUUUCACACCAGAGGCUCUGGCUCAGUGCGUGGACAGCAUUAUCAACGUCAUGGGCCCCGAUUUACAGGAUGUGUCGAAAGCGCGGAAACUGAUACUAAUACUGAUUGGCUAUCUGCAGAACGAAGCUUCACUGCGGUUGAGAUAUGAAAGUUACCUGUGUUUACGCCACCUCAUGAUGUACGCACCUGCUCACAUUCAAUUCUCCAAAUACGUCCUGGACUUACAGGAGAAUCUCUCUUCGGACGAGGAACUACUUCAAUCAUCAGCCAUCAGAGGCCUGGGCGAAUUGAUGAAAAGAAAUGCUUCCGAGGUUGCCCGAGUUGCAACGUCCAAACUGAGCGACGACUUGUGGCGUCGUCUAGAUGACAACCCUAACGAUCAAUCUGUUCAGUCUUUGUUGCAGAACUGGAUGCAACAGACCAUUCUGCUCGAUACAGCUGAGUGGAUCGACAAAUGCCAAAGCGUCCUUUCCAAGACAAGGGCCAAAAAUUCUCCGCCACGUAUGACAGCGGUUACGGCCAAGUCAGCAAUGCCGGACCUGGCGGACGAGGAAGUUGCUGGCUUUGCCGCUGCCGCUCAGAGUGAAGCUCCUGAAGCAGCUCCAGACGGUCAAGAGUUCCUUCGUUGGCAGACACGGGAUUUUGCGAUGCGAUUGCUUAGCGAGUCCAUGGACAUCGUCCAGGCGGCAAUGUCUGCGGAUCGAGUCAUCCAUGCAGAAGAAAUUCUGCAAGCAAAAGUUGGGGAGGUGGUUCGGGUCGCAUUUUCGGCAUCCACGGCCAAUGUUGUCGAGCUCCGCAUUUGGGGGCUACGGCUGAUUGACCAGAUUCUUAAGCUGUUCGGAAAGACACCGGAUCCCGAUUUCCUAGAAGCUUCGCUGCUCGAGCAAUAUCAAGCACAGAUCAGCUCUGCCCUAACCCCUGCCUUUGCAGCUGACUCAUCGCCUGAACUGGCCGCCGAGGCUAUUGGUGUUUGCGCCACUUUUGUUGCGACUGGUAUCGUCACCAAUGCAGACCGCAUGGGACGCAUCUUCAAGGUGCUCUCGAUGGGCAUAGAUAACCUCACUCAGCAGACCCCAGAAGCUGCCAUAGGCGAUCUGAAGGACCUUAGUCCCAAUGCCCAAGCUAUGCUUAAGAUGGCAAUAUUGUCUGGCUGGGCACAGUUGCAGCUGGCAAGUCAUGAGCAAGCCUAUCUGGAAGAUAUUCUUCAGCCAUUCAUACCUAAACUUGCACCUCUUUGGCUGACUUCAUUGCAAGAGUUUGCAGGUCUUCGGUUCGAGCCUGAAAUCUCCGACACCCUAGGAGGGGAGAUGGUUGGAGGAAAUCUGGAUGAGCGAUAUGCUUCGUUUAAUUGCGAAGUGCGUCUGAAAUUUUAUCAAAAGACUUGGCUCAGCAUCGUCAACGCAAUUGCGGUUCUCGUUGAGAAGGACAGUGAGUCGGUGUUUGACGCACUCGAUAACAAACGCGUGAAUGGAGCCGAGGACGCGUCAGCCAAUGGCACGGUGGUUCAAGGGAGAGACAUGAGUUUCCGAGAAGAACCUGUGGCAUUCUUUUUCAUUCUCUUCGGACUGGCUUUCGAAGCCUUGGUCACUCAAACCCGAGAAGAUCCGUCUCAAGCUUUGUCAAUAUUGCAAGCAUUGAGAAAGAUCCUGACACCUCAGGUAUCUGGCAAUGCUAUCUAUGAAGACGCCGUCUUCACCGAAACCACCGACACGCUGGAUCGCCUUGCUCUCACGAGCACGAGCGACACGCAGAGCGUUCUGGUGGAAAUCGCUAGGAAUCUCUCAAUGGACCACCUCGUUGCCAAGAGUCAGGACCGCGAUGAGAAGUUGUCUGACGACAUCGAGCAACUCUUCGAGUUGACAAGGAUCAUUAUCCUAGUCCUGACUGGCCUUGUGCCGACACUUGAAGAUCCCCCUGGACCUGCCGUCCGCCGACUCGGAGAGGACAGUGUGGGACUCGUGCAACUAUCUUUCCAGGCUCUGGUCGACGUGGCUUCUGUGUUUCCUUCUAUCAUUCGUGCCGACCUGCACGCCUGUAUCUUUUACAGUUAUUGCACGAUUCUCGCCACAGGUGUAUGCCAAGACGAGGUGAUUCCUCGCAUCAUGCCUGUCUUCAAAACAUUCCUGCAAGACGUUGUACGGUCGUCCAAUAUCCAGACAUCUUCAAGAUUGGUCCGUGGCUGCUUGCAUCGGAUGCUGGCAAUAUUGUCAGCUGCUCAACGACGAGAAAACGAGCAUGCCAUUGUCUGUGCCAAGAAUACGUUGCUGUCGAUUGCUGUUUUGAUUACGACGGCGAGUUCUGUUGUGGCUGCCAAAGACGAAUUGAUUGAUGGUGCAUUGUUUGACAUGCUGGACUGUCUUCACGAUGUCGGUCUGGCCAAAAUCACGACCGGGUGCCUGAGAUCCUUGCUCAUGACUCAUCCCAAAACAGCUUGCGACGAGUACAUAGGCAGAAUACUCUGGGGUCGACUCGUUCCGUUUGUGACGGAUCCAGAAGCUGACGAUCCGGAAAGCGUCAAGGGUGCCUUGACCCAGGCCCUUGUGGCGUCUGUCGUGACUCUUGCAGGACCUGGACGUCUGGCUGCUAUGUCCAUAUUGAUACCUGUGCUGAUGGUUCGCGCGACACAGGUCCCAGGGGGCUCCAAUCUCCAGGACGUGCGGAAGGAAUGCGCGGCACGACUUCUUGACCUUGUCGCUGUUGAUCAGUUUGCUUUCAAGGCUGCUGUGGGAUCAUUGGGUGAAGAACAACGAUCGGAUUUGGAGAACCUGCUUAGAGCUGCCGGGGUGGGAGAGAAGCAAGACACGACGUCGAUGGAUAAUGUCGAGUCAAGACCUGCGAUUGAACUGAGGAUGGAUUUUGGAUGA